GAAGAGAGAGAGAGAGAGAGAGAGAGAGAGAGAGGAGAGGAGGAGAGAGAGAGGAAGAGAAGAGAGAGAGGAGAGAGAGAGAGAGAGAGAGAGAGAGAAGAGAGAGAGAGAGAGGAGAGAGAGAGAGAGAGAGAGAGAGAGAGAGAGAGAGAGUGAGAGAGAGAGAGAGAGAGAGAGAGAGAGAGAGAGAGAGAGAGAGAGAAACAGUAAUCCAGGGCAGCACUACGAGUCUGGCCACUGGAGUAUGUAACAAAACAGCUCAGGGAAACACUA